CAAUCAUCUUGUCCAACUUUGCAACUGUUUGCUAACUUCAUCAUCGAGUGACGAUAUCUCACAUACACGUCUUCGUUCGGUCCACCACAUCGCACGUCAUAUUGAAACAUCACCAUGUCGGUCCCCGAACAAGCACAACCCCUCGACACUGUCUCGGAAGAGCAGGCACCUCAGAUCGAGAACACCGAAGAAGCACAAGCAGAACUCGCGAGACUACAAGCCGCCGCCACGAAAGAGUACUCUCUCAAGAACUAUGCCGGAGCUUCGGAAUUCUACUCGCAAGCUUCACAGCUGCAGGCACAACUGAAUGGUGAAAUGUCCCUCGACAAUGCCGAUCUACUCUAUCAAUACGGACGCUGCUUGUACCACCUUGCUGUUAGCAACAGUGACGUCCUGGGUAACAAGGUCGCUGGCAGUGGAGAGCCUCAAAGAAAGAAGCGCAAGACAAAGUCUGCCGCCGCAAACAACGAUGCCCUCAAGGACGGCGAGCAAAAGACUGCAGAGGAAGUCGUCGAGGCCGUUGUGGAUGAGAAUGAUGGCACUACCACAAAGAAAGAGGACGCAGCAGCAAAUAAGCCCUUCUUCCAAAUCACCGGCGACGAGAACUGGACAGACAGCGAAGACGAAGGAGAUGAUGCCGAAGCAGAAGACGAGGAAGACGAAGAUGAAGCCGAUGACUUCGCUGUCGCCUACGAGAUCCUGGACAUGGCUCGCGUCCUCCUGACCCGCAAACUCGCUUCCCUCCCCUCCACAUACUCCGGCAAAGGCAAAGCCAAAGAAACGACCCUAAUCGAAAACCCAGAAGCCCGUCAAGUCAUGGACCGCCUCGCAGACACCCACGAUCUCCAAUCCGAACUCUCCCUCGAAAACGAGAACUUCCCUCUCGCCGUAGCAGAAGGUCGCUCCGCCCUCGAGCUCAAGCAAAAACUAUACCCCCUCGAAUCCUCCUUGCUCGCAGAAGCACACUUCAAACUAGCCCUGGCCAUGGAAUUCGCUUCCGUCACCACCACAAACGAAGAAGCGGUAGAACAAGGCGCAACCAAGGAAGAAACCGUAGACGAAGACCUCCGCAAAGAAGCUGCCACCCACCUGGAAUCGGCAAUCCAAUCCUGCCGCCUCCGCAUCUCCAAAGAAAACACCUCCCUCCCUUCUCUCCCCACAGACAAACAAGAUGCCAAAAAGAAGGAAAUCAAAGAUGUGCAAGAAAUGAUUGAGGAAAUGGAACAAAGGCUUACAGAUCUACGUACUCCUGUUGCUGCAGCUUCUGGUGCGGAAAAUCCUCUAAGGGGCAUUCUGGGUGGUAUGUUGGGGGAAACCCCUGCUGAUCAGAAGACGAGAAUCGCGGAGGCUACGGCUAAUGCUAAUGAUUUGAGUGGGUUGGUCAAGAAGAAGAAGAGUAAGCCUGUUGAACCUGCCGCUGCUACUCUGCCUAUCCAGAAAAGAAAAAUUGAAGACGGAGAGGAGGUGACGAGUAAAAAGGCGAAGGUUGAGGAGGAAGUCAAGGAUGCUUAGAAGGUUACUGGCGCUUUUUGCUGAUAUGAUGAUGGGG